AUGCUGCGGGUGGCCCGAGAGCCGACGUAUACGCCGGUGGACGACGUGAUGGUUACGUGGAACGACAUGGAACCCUAUGUCGUCCCCGAAGACAUGACGAGCGCCAACAUAUUCAAGUAUCGGCUUGGGAUCAGCAACAGGAACAAUCCCCACGGUCACGACUCCUCCGCCAUCCUUGCCUACCUUCAACGGCCCAUCGCAUACCACGUGUUCCGUCAACGGAACCGGAUGAACCUGAACCCCCGUAGGGUCUGCUCCGCGUUCAUCGGCAAGCGCUGCACCCACUCCCGGACUGGCUACGACUGGACCAUCCGGCUGCCAGGGGAGAACGCCCCCGACUCCGCCAACGGGUGGUGGUACUACCUCAGCGAUGCCUUCUUCAGCAUGGCCAGCACCCUCAGCUUCCUCAACGACUUCGUCCGACCCAAUGGACAGAAUCAACCGAAGGCUGCCUCGGGACAGGAUGCCAGAUCGGACGAUGACAUCCUAACAAAUUCCAUCCCGGAACAAACAAUUGACAACCAUAGCCACAUUGAAAUUGGCAACCAAAGCCACAUUGGAAUUGGCAAGCAGAGCCACAUCGAUGAGGACCAACUAUCGACACUUACGCUUCCAAGUUCGGGACGGGACGAAGACGGGGGGAAAAGGACGAGACGACGACGAGCCCUGGGCAUGAAAUGGCCUACGAAUCUAGACGAUCUCAUCCGACAAGCCCUGACCGAGAGUCUUCUCAAUCUCAGGAACAAAACCCGAGGCAACUAUUACCAGAUCCCCUAUCCACGAGGGAAGACGCUGAAGGUGCUCCACAUAAGCGACACCCACGUGGACCCGGAAUACCGAGAGGGAGCGAACGCGGUCUGCGGGCGACCCCUCUGCUGUCGGAAAUCGGAUGGAACGCCGACCAACCCAGAGGAUCGGGCCGGAAAGUGGGGGGACUAUCGAGACUGCGACCUUCCCAUCAGGACUCUUCACUCCCUCCUCAAACACAUCAACGACACCCACAAGGAUGUGGAGGUGGUUUACUGGACGGGCGACAUCCUCCCGCACAACAUCUGGGAGUCGACGGUGGAUGAAGCCCAGAAGGAAUUCCGGGAUACGGUGGAGGAGCUCCGGGCUGCGUUCCCUCACAUCCCCGUCUACCCGGCGCUCGGGAAUCACGAAGUUCAUCCCGUCAACCUUGUGGCGUGGCUGUACGAGGAAGCCGCCCGCCUCUGGCCGUCCCUCUUCGAGGUCCCAAAAGGGGAAUCUUCCAACAUCCUCAGGGCGGGUUUCUAUUCCGUCUCGCCUCUACCGGGCCUCACCCUCCUCUCCGUCAACACAAACUUCUGCUACUACCUCAACUGGUGGAACUAUCUCCAGAUCCCCGACCCCGCAUCGGAGCUCCAAUGGAUCAUCGACGAACUCCAAAAAGCCGAGUCCCGAGGCGACAAGGUCCACAUCAUCGGCCACAUCCCCCCCGGCUACCCCGACUGCCUCCCCACGUGGAGCCGCAACUUUCGCCGGAUCGUCCAAAGGUUCAACGAGACGGUGACGGGGAUGUUCUACGGGCACACCCACUACGACGAGGUGCAGGUCUUCUACGACGAGCACGGGCAUCCGACGGAGGUGGCCUACAUCGGUCCUAGCGUCAGCCCCUUCUCGGACCUCAACCCUGCGUAUCGCAUCUACACCAUCGACACCGAAACUUGGGAGAUCCUGGACUACGAAACCUGGUACAUGGACCUGCUCUCCGCGAACGUGUUCGACCAGCCCUUCUGGCGCCCCCUCUACUCCGCCCGAGCCGCCUACUACCUCCCUAGCCUCUCCCCGACCGAGUGGCACACCUGGCUCCAGCGCCUCAUCUACGACGAAGUCGAUUUCCAGACUCAUUACAGGUUCGUUCAUCGAGACUCGCAGACGUUCGUGAAAUGCGACAACAAGGAGUGCAAGCGGGAGCGGCUGUGCACCAUGGUCACGUCGGACACGAGCGCGGACGACGCGUGCACCCGGAUCACGUGGCAACUCCUCCGUCACCAUUAUUUCGGCCUGCGGUGA